AUGAAAUUGAUAUUUUAUUUGUGUCUAUUUUUGGUAAUAAGCAAUGGUAGCAAGGGUAGCAAGGGAAAUAAGAAAGCAGAUAUAUUAAUAGAUGAUAUAGUAGCUAGUAUGAGUUUGGAAGAGAAGAUUGGUUAAACAACUCAAAUAGAUUUUAUGUAUUUGAAUGAUGAUGAAGGUAAAACACAAUAUGAUAAGAUAAAGUAAUGGAAUCUUGGAUCAUUGUUAGUAGGAGGAAAUGGAUGUCCUGAUGAGAAUAGUAAUAUUAGUACAAAAGAUUCAUGUAUAAAUGCAAAUAAUGAAUAAUGGAAAAAAGUUGCAUAGUUGGCAUUAGAAUAAGGUGUAAGUGUACUAGUGAAUAUAAGUGCAAAUGAAGCAACAACAGUAAUUAUUAAACCAUUACUUGGUACAGAUGCAAUACGUGGAAAUCAGCAUUCUGUUGGUGAGAUACUAUUUCCACAUAAUAUUGGUUUGGCAGCAUCUAAUAAUACUUAAAACUUUAAUAAUUCAGCAAAAUGGAUGAGAGAUAGUGUUAUUGAGAGUGGAUUUAAUUUUGUGUUUUCACCUACAGUAGCUGUAUCCCAUAAUCCUUAAUGGGGUAGAUUUUAUGAAACUUUAGGAGAAGAUACAGAAAGAGUAAAAUAAUAUGCAAAGACAUUUGUACAAGUAGCAUAGAAUAUAGAUGCAGUUACAAAUAAUAUAGAAGGAGUUUUAACAUCAGUUAAACAUUUUAUAGGAGAUGGAGCUACUAUAAAUGGGUAUGAAGAAGGAAAUUCAGUUGUGGAGGAACAAUAUAUAGAUGUUUUUAUUUAAGAUAAUAUAAAAGGAUAUGAAGGUGCUGUAGAAGCAAAAACAGGUAAUAUAAUGAUUAGCUAUGAUGCUAUUAAUAAUAAGGCUAUGAGUGUACAUCCAUUUGUUAAUACAAUAUUAAAAGAACCAACUGGAUUAGGUUUUGAAGGAUUUGUUAUUAGUGAUUAUAAUUCUGUUAUUAAGACUGCCUAAGUUGAUUUACCUAGAGAAUCUGAAGCUAUAUCUUUAGAAUAAGCAUAUGCUGAUUCAUUUAAAGUUGGAGUUGAUAUGUAGAUGAUUUCUGAAAACGUUGAAGGUUAUUAGACUUUGAUUAAAUAAUUAGUACAAGAAUAAGAUCAACAAAAACCAAAUAUUGAUUUAUCAAGAUUAGAUGAUGCUGUUAAAAGAAUAUUGACAAUUAAAUAAAAAAUGGGAUUGAUUGAAGUAAGUGAAUCUGUCAGUUAAAUAUAUGAUUUACCAAAAAGAAAAAUGGCUUAAAUAGUAAAAGAUAAAGUAUAAGAAUAUUAAGAUGCAUUGCAAGCAGCACUUUAAUCAUUGGUCUUAUUGUAAAAUAAAGAUGAUGUUAUUCCAGUCAAUAAAAAUUCUAUUCAACAUGUUAUUUUAUUAGGUGAUAGAUAUGUACCUAUUGGAAAUGGAUAAUAUUAAAUAUUUUAAGAUUAUAAUAAUAUAGGAGCAUAAAAUGGUGGAUGGACUAUUAGAUGGUAAGGAUAUAAUGGAAAUGAUUAUUGGACUGGAAAUUUAAAGGAUUAAUCAUAAGCUACCUCUAUCUUAGAUGCUAUCAAAACAAGAUUCUAAGAAGCUUAAAUACAUCACCCAUAAUAUAACGAUCCUACUAAUUAUAAUGCUAUUCUUUAAGACAGAGCUGCAUUCAAAAACAAAUUAGACUCCAUUAAAGAUUAAUUUACAGAAACCAAUACGAUUCUCAUUCAUUUAUUAGCAGAAAAUCCAUAUGCUGAGUAUAUGGGAGAUAUUAAUUGUCAAUAUUGUUAAACUUAAGAUAAAAAAGGUUGUUUAUAUUAAAUGCAUGAUAAUGUUUAUCAAACUCAAUCAUAAUCUACCAGAUUGGAAAUCAAAGCAGGAGCAUAUGAAAAAUAAGUAUUUAUGUCAUUAUAUUUUAGUUAAUUAAUAGUAUCUUUAAAGGUAAAAGUAAGAUCAUCACUGUUUUAAUAAGUGGAAGACCAAUGUUGAUAGAUGACCCUCUAUCUAUAACUCAAGCCUUUAUAGCUGCUUGGCUUCCUGGAACUACUGGAGGUGAAGCUAUUGUUAAAUCCAUCUUUGGUGAAUAUGGAUUUGGAGGACCUGACAAUUUUUUCAAUAAAUUACCAUCUCCAUGGAUUUCUACUCUAGAAUCAAUUAAGGAUUAUCCAAAGUAUGAUUCAGAUCAAGUACCCAAAAUCCUUAAUCCUAAAUUUAAUACUGGAUAUGGACUUUCAACUACCGAAAUCGUUUAUUCUGUUGCUCAAUGAAGCGAUAUAAAUAAUAAUCAAUAAGAU